GUUUCAGCAACGUUGGUUCGAGGUUAGUGAAUAAAAACUGCGGGCAUGAACAUUUUUUCUCGAUUUGUGCCAUCUAUACGGCCUAUUAACAGAUCUCCAUGUGCGGAGCUUAAUUGAGUGACUUGAGAAAACUUUGGAUGGGAUCAUCUUUGGUGCGUUGGGAACAUGGAUCUCCACGGUAACGAUAACGUUACAGAAACGCAAUACCAGCUGACAGUAAUGGUGAAAGAUGAAGAGGAGUCAUAUGGAAAUAUAACUGCAUUUCAACAUGAUGACGAAAAGCUUCAGUGUACAACUGAAUCAGACCUUGCCGAGUUCGAAGGUACUACUGAGACACUACAGACAGCAGCGGAGAUUGAAGUGACGAUCGAAGACGACCAUGAGCCCGAUUAUCUGCUGGAAAAUACAACUCAACAGAAGAUCCAUGGACAGAAUUAUGAACUGAACCUGCAGCGCAAAGGAAGGCUGCACCACUGCACCGUCUGCAGGAGGAGUUUUACCACCCGGAGAAAACUCAAGAAACACCAGCAAACACACUCAAUCAGGGUGAAUUUGACCACAUCCUCACUUAUUAGCCACCACAUGCAAAUUCAUACGGUAGGGAAGCCUUAUCAGUGCUCCCAGUGUGGAAGAGGUUUUUCACACAGCUCAAGUCUUGCACGUCACAUGCAUGAACACAAAGGAGAGAAGCCUCAUAAAUGUGCCCAGUGUGGAAAAGCUUUUAUAACCUCCUCAGAUCUGAAACGCCACAUGCUUACACAUACUGGAGAAAAGCCUUAUAAAUGUGUCCAGUGUGGAAAAGCAUUUUCACAAAUGUCAACUCUGAAAAACCAUAUGCUAAAACACACUGUAGAAAAGUCUCAUAAAUGUUCCCAGUGUGGAAAAUGUUUUCAACAAAUUUCUAGUCUUGAAACACAUAUGCUAACACACAGUGGAGAGAAGCGUUAUAGAUGUUCUCAGUGUGGAAGAGGUUUUCAACAAAUUUCAACUCUGAAAAACCAUAUGCUAACACACAGUGGAGAGAAGCAUUAUAAAUGUUCCCAGUGUGGAAGAGGUUUUUCACACAUGUCAAGUCUUUCACGCCACAUGCGUGAUCACAAAGGACAGAUGCCUCAUAAAUGUUCCCAGUGUGGGAAAACUUUUUUACACAUUUCACGUCUUAAAAUCCAUAUGCUACUACAUACUGUAGACCACCCUCAUAAAUGUGUCCAGUGUGGAAGGGGUUUUCAACAACUUUCUAGUCUUGAAACUCAUAUCUUAACACAUGCGGUAGGGAAGCCUCAUAAAUGUUCCCAGUGUGGAAGAGGUUUUUCACACAUGUCAAGUCUUGCACGCCACAAGCUAGAUCACAAAGGAGGGAAGCCUCAUAAAUGUUCCUAUUGUGAAAGAGGUUUUUCACACAUGUCAAGUCUUUCACGCCACAAGCGUGAUCACAAAGGAGAUGAGUCUCAUAAAACAAUGAUGCCUACACAGACUGUAGGGAAGCCUCAUGAAUGUUACUGGUGUGGAAGAAGUUUUUCACAAAUUUCACGUCAUAAAUGCUACUUGCUACCACAUAAUGGAGAGAAGCCUUAUAACUGUUUCCAGUGUGGAAGAGGUUUUUCACACACGUCAAGUCUUUCACGCCACAUGCGUGAUCACAAAGGACAGAUGCCUCAUAAAUGUUCCCAGUGUGGAAAAACUUUUUCACACAUUUCACGUCUUAAAAACCACAUGGUGAUGCACACGACAGAGAAGCCUCAUAAAUGUACCGAGUGUGGAAAAGCUUUUAUGCGAAUUUCAACUCUGACAAACCAUAUGCUAGCACACACUGUAGAAAAGGCUCAUAAAUGCUCCCAGUGUGGAAUAGGUUUUUCACACAGCUCAAGUCUUGCACGUCACAUGCAUGAACACAAAGGAGAGAUGUCUCAUAAAUAAGCCCAGUGUGGAAAAGGUUUUCCACAUCUUUCUAGUCUUAAAACCCAUAAUGUCAAUGCAUAUGUAAAUGCACUGUUAGGGUGAAUAAAAACCAGAACACCAGCAAAUGCACACUGUUAAGGUGAAUAAAAAUCACAACACCAGCAGCAGGAAGUAGUUCUGUUUUGUUUGAACAUCAACAGAAGUGAUGUCACCCAGCACCAUAUGUCAAUGCAUACUGGAGGGAAGCCUAAUGGAUGCUCCCAAAGUGGGAAACAAGCAACGUUUUUAUCGCCACAUGCAUGGAAACAAGGGACAAGGACCCGGCAAACGCACACUGUUAGGGUGAAUACAAAUCAGAACACCGGCAAAUGCACACUGUUAGGGUGAAUACAAAUCAGAACACCAGCAGCAGGAAGUAGUUCUGUUUUGUUUGAACGGCAACAUAAGUGAUGUCACCCAGCAUCGCUUGGAGCACCUUUAAGAGAAGAGCAGCAAAGCCUCAUCGGUGUGCCCAGUGUAGUAAAACAUUUGACAGGCCCACAGAUCUUAAACGCCACAUGCUUACAUACACUGGAGAGAAGCCUCAUUAAUGUGCCCAGUGUAGUAAAACAUUUGCCAAAUCCACAGGUCUUAAAUGCCACAUGCUUACACACACUGGAGAGAAGCCUCAUUAAUGUGCCCAUUGUGAAAAACAUUUGACAGGCCCACAGAUCUUAAAUACAUGCUUACACAUACUGGAGAGAAGUAUUUUUUUUCUUCUUGCACAGCAUAUGCUGAUACCAUAAUGGUAAUGCAUAUAUUUUUAUUUUUACCUCUAAAUAAAGUCCAAGAAAUACAAUCAUCUGUAUGUUGUUCUCUUUCUGUAAAAAUAGUUUUUAUAUAUGUCUUGUUA